UAUUUAUCACAUUACUUUAGCUUCUCCGAGGGAAUCUAGAUAUCUUUUUUCUCCCAAGGAAACAACAACCUACAGACCUUAUCAAGGUUGGAAGAUUAAACGGUCAGAACUCUGUGAAUUGUAAAAUGUUAUCUAUACAUUCUUUAUUGUCAUGACUAGGGCGACAAGUCAAACCGAAGACUUCGUCCAUGGUGAACCUCCCCCAUCGCCUUUAAAUCUCAAACGUACCUCUCUCUCUCUCUUUCUCUCUCCCUCUGUGCUCUACCAUGUCUCUGCUGGCCAUCUUCUUCGCCUUCAUCCUCCUCUCCUUCAUUCAUUGCUCCACCUCCCUUACAAGAACCUUCACUUUCCCUUCCUUCUCUGAUGGCCAAAACUUAACUCGUUAUGGCGAUGCCUUCAUCACCGCGGAGGGCUACCUAGACCUCACUUCCACGGCUAUUAACAAGAACGUCACAAACAGCACCGGAUGGGCCAUCUAUGCCAAGCCAAUCACCCUUUAUGAUGCCCGCACCGGAUUUGCGGCAGACUUUCAAAGCAAUUUCAGCUUCGAAAUCUCUCACUUCAAAUCCAACUGCCAAGGCGACGGCCUCGCCUUCUUCAUGGCGCCGGUCAACUGGACUCACAAAGCAGAAAACAAUGGCUACGGUCUUGGGAUCUUCAAUAAAAGUUCGGGCGCAGACAACAGCCAAAUGAUCGCCGUAGAGUUUGACACGUAUUACAACUCCAAAUGUGAUAAGAACAAUACUCUCACCAACCAUAUGGGGAUCGAUGUCAACUCCUGCGUCUCCAAUGCCUCAACCUUUUGGGACACGAACGUGGAAACCGUGGACACGAACGCAACUGCCCUCGUCCAGUACGACUCGACAACAGGAAAUCUCAGCUCGCAUAUGAUGGACCGGAACGGCAGCAGCCAAUGGUACACAUCUUUCGUUAUCAACCUCACCACCGUCCUCCCAGAGACCGUCAUUGUGGGCUUCUCUGCAUCAACAGGGGCCUGCAGCGAAGGCCACCGGAUAGUGAGUUGGAAUUUUUCAAUUACUACCCCCAAUCAGACGCCAGCUCCAGCCCCCGGCCCGAUAUCAAAUAUUGCAGUCUCCAGUAUGCAAAAUAAGACCGUCCUCAUCCUGGUGGCGUGUUUGGUUCCUCUUACUAUCGUUGUUGUUGUAGUAAUAAUAAUUGUUUUCAUGAGGAAGAGGAAAAAUGAAAAGGUAGAAUUGAAGGAAGAGGAAGAAGAAGAGGAGGCGGCAUAUGAUUUUGCGGACAUGACCAUGAAUUUCGAAACAGGCCCCAGAAAAUUCAGAUACGGGGAGCUCGCUGCAGCUACUAAUGACUUCAGUGAAGGAGGAAAGCUUGGGCAAGGGGGGUUUGGUGGUGUGUACCGUGGUACCUUGGGGGAUACGAAGGAAGUGGUGGCGGUGAAGCGGUUUUCUAAAGGGUCGAGCCAGGGCAAGAAAGAAUAUGCGGCGGAGGUGACUGUGAUCAGCCGGUUGCGCCACCGUAACCUCGUGAGGCUGAUUGGUUGGUGCCACGAGCGAGGUGAAUUCUUGCUUGUCUACGAAUAUAUGGAGGGUGGCAGUUUGGAUUCACAUCUCUUCAGCUCAAAAGGUUGCCCAGUCUUGCCUUGGGCUCAGCGCAGGAAGGUGGCUCUCGGCCUCGCAUCUGCAGUUCUCUACCUACAUGAUGAGUGGGAGCAAUGUGUUGUUCAUCGUGAUAUCAAGUUGAGCAACGUGAUGGUCGACUCUGAGUUCAAUGCUCGUCUUGGUGACUUUGGGCUGGCUCGACUCACAAAUCAUGGCUUCGCUGCGAGGACGACCAUGGUUGCUGGAACUGUGGGUUACUUGGCACCAGAGUGCGUGAUCACUGGCAAGUUCAGCACACAGAGCGACGUGUACAGCUUCGGAGUGGUACUACUUGAAAUUGCAACUGGUCGGAGGGCCAUUCGCCCAAUCGGAGAGAAAGAGGCACGUCUGGUGGAGUGGAUUUGGGAGUUGUAUGGGAUCGGUUCUCUCUUGACUGCAGUCGACGAGAGGUUGGGAUCAGAUUUCAAUCAACAGGAGAUGGAAAGGAUGAUGGUGGUGGGUCUAUGGUGCGUGCACCCUGACCCUGAGAGGAGGCCGACCAUUAGGGAGGCCAUUAAAGCACUGAGCUUGCAAGCCGAGGUACCAAGCCUCCCACAAAAGAUGCCGAUGCCAUUCUACGCACCACCUCCUAUGAAUGGCUUAAGUUCUUUGUUUACCAGCAGUAGCAGUGGAACGACAACGACAACAACGUCGACAUCGACGACAGUCUCAUCGACGGUGUCAGCAGAGGUAGCUCUAUUGAAGUCACAAGGAUAGCUGUCUUAGACCAGUUUAUGAGAAAAAUGGCACUGCCUCACCAUGCGUCUGGUUUAGAGGGGUUGGGGUUGUGUUCUUUUCGUUUCGUUCUUGCCAAAUUUUAACACAUCGGUGACGCUUGUCACCGAUAUUGUUUUAAUGAAUCUUUCCAGUUGAUCGGCCGAAUAUGGCCUAUGUAUCUUAAAUAGCAAAAGCAAAAUAAAAUCGGAUCAAUAAGCUUGUUCAA